CCGCCACACAGGUGCCAACGUACGGUAGCCAGACCCAGAAAAUCAUGAAGACUUCCACGCGAUCCCUCCGUGMGGUAGUGGGGGUCGUCCUCCUUUUCGUUGCCGUGCACGUCCGGGCGUUCUCCGGAACCCCCUGCGGUCCGACGGCACGAACGCCGCCCGGGAGAUCGAUCGCUCUGCAGGCCCUUGGCCCAGAAGGUCUUUCCGGCGGCAAAGAGAGCAGCGGCAUYCGGCGAGCGAACGACGGAAUCGAGACUCCCGUCGGCCGGAGGGCAGCGAUGCAGCGCACGAUUGCGAUCUCCGCGGCGGUGGCAAUCCCCGGCGCGGUUCGGCCCCCCGCUUUCGCCGGGGAAACGCCGCUGCCGCCAAACCCCGGUCCGGAGCGUUCGGUCGAACUCGAUUGCCUGAGAGACCUCCCCCCGGUGACGGAGGGCUGCGUCCGCAUCUAUCUCUGCCGGCACGGCCAAACGGAGAACAACCGGCUGCGGAUCGUGCAGGGGGCGCGGGUGGACCCGCCCGUCAACGCCAACGGGGAAAACCAGGCGAAAAASCUCGGGCUCGCGCUGGCGCGUGCCGACCCGAAACCCGAGCUCUUUUUCUCCUCCUCCCUGCUCCGCGCAAGGAUGACGGCCGAGAUCGCCGCGAACGCCGACCGCUCGCAGGCCGACCGGCUCUUGCCGCGGCAGCUGUCCGUCCUGUCGGAGGUCGAUUUCGGAGCCGUCGCGGACGGCCAGCCCAUCAGCGUGGUACAAGAGAAAAUGACCAAGACCUACACCAGGUGGUCCAUGGGGGAUGUCGACUACAGGCCCGAGGGAAAUGGUGACAGCGGAAGAGAGGCAAGUCCCGAACGAUUCGACCUGGAUUCAUUGGACGUGCAUCGAUGCUCUAGCAUUUCUUUGUGUUGUUUCUAACAAGAUUUUGAAUCCUAUGUCCCAAUGCCCAUCCAGGUUCUUUUCCGUGCCGUCAGCGCUAUCGAGACGCUCGUGACCGAAGCGAAGGCUGCCGGUGUUCCAUGUGUCGCCGCAGUUACCCAUUCUGCGUAUCUCCGUGUUCUGGUUGGCAUGGUCUUGAACGAGCCACUCCUCCAAUCCUCGGUCMGAAAGAUUCGGAACGGAAGCGUCACGGUCAUCGACGUACCCGAAGAUCUUCCCUCGRAGAUGAUCGGCGCAAAGCCAAAGCUACUAGGGGGAUGGUUGUCGCAAAAACCAAGAGAUUUUACCCUCUCCAUUCCAACUUGCAAGACGAUACGCAUCAACGAAACUCGGCAUUUGCCUCUCGAUKUGAUAUAAGCAGCUCGUYUUCAAAUUAUUGAAAAGCAAGAAAUUUCAUGUUGGCCA